CAGAGAUUUGUAAAGUGUAGAGCCGCGAGACAGAGCCGUCUGGAGCCCGCGCACCGAAAAGAUGGAGCUGUCGGCGGGAGGAGACCGGGUUUUCGCCGCGGAAUCCAUCCUGAAAAGCCGCGUUAGGAAAGGUCAAAUCGAGUACCUGGUUAAAUGGAAAGGUUGGGCACUAAAACACAGCACAUGGGAACCAGAGGAGAACAUCCUGGAUGAUCGGCUCAUCUCCGCCUUUGAGCAGAAGGAGCGGGAGCAGGAACUUUACGGCCCAAAGAAACGUGGACCUAAACCAAAAAACUUUGUACUGAAGGCACGGGCACAGGCGGGUGAGAGACCCCGAAGCUCAUAUACCCAACGCACUCCACCUCGCCCUGCUGCGAAGCCUCCUGCCUCUUCCUCUUCUGCAACUCCAGCUCCAGCUCCUCCUCAGCCUUCAUCAUCCUCUUCCAAUGCUCCAACCCCCAGAGUGCACUCUCUCGCGGCGGCUCAUAAACUGAAGAAAGACAUCCAUCGUUGUCACAGGAUGUCUCGACGACCAUUGCCGCGACCUGACCCCCUAGGUGAGCCCACAGGAUCCUCUCGUCCUCCCAUCUCUCCGUUCUCUGAAACUGUCCGUAUCCUCAACCGCAGGGUCAAACCACGGGAGGUUAAGCGGGGACGCAUAAUCUUAAACCUGAAGGUCAUUGACAAAUCCGAAAAUAGUGGAGUAGCAAGUAGAAGGACGCCGCAGUCGUUCGGGGGGCGGGCGAAAAUCCCAUCCCGGAAUCGGAUCAUUGGGAAGAAGCAUGGGGACAUGCCUUACAGGCCAUUCCAGCAUCCUAUGAAGAUGUUGGGCUUCCCGAUGUACGGCCAGCCCUUCGGGCUCCAGCCCAGUGGGUCAAUGUCCUCAAUGGCCAAUGAAGAAUCCAGCACUGGAGCCAAUCGGAGAGGUGGAAGCUGCUGUGACAGCCAUUCCUCUGCAAACGUGCAGAAGUUUCCAUAUCAGCCUCCACCUUCUCCAUCCAGCUCCAGUGGGUCUAACAACAGCUCCCCUACACCUCAGAAACAACCGACUCAACCUGAAGCUUCAACUAAGUUGGACCCUGCAGUCUCAUCACGUUCCCAGGAUGCCUCCCAACCUCACCCAAAGUCCAGCUCUGCGCCAUUCCUCCCUUCCUCACCCUCCUAUUCGUCGUCCCCGUCAUCCUCUCUUGAAGAUGAAGACCAGGGCUCUCCGAAUCUCGCCACUUCUCGGGGCGGCAAACGGAAACUUCGACAUCGAACCCAGGUGGGUCGAACUUCGGUCUGCCAGGUUAGUGACCGCACUACUGCCCCACUUCCUGAGGAAACUAGGGUGCCAAAAGAGGGGGAUCCUGAUUGGCACCCUGAAAUGGCACCCAGCUGUGCUAAUGUAGUCGUGACUGACGUCACCACAAACCUUCUCACAGUCACCAUCAAGGAAUUCUGCCAUUCAGGAGCGGGUUCUGAACCCUCCUCCCCUUGCCAAGCUGACAACCCACCCUGUCCCACCACAGCUGCCUCUUGAAAGCUCCCCUUAAACAUGUCCAACAAAAAUAUCUGCCCCCAUGAGAACUUGCCAUAAUGAUAUUCACGCACUCUAAAAUAGUUGCCGUCAAUGAAAUUAAAUGUAUUUUUGGUGAAAUUAAGCUAUAUUGAAGUAAUACUUAAACGCAGGGGUGUUUUCCUUGACCUGUGCUUUUUAAACAACAUGUUAUGAUGGUUUUGUGGAACUUCAUGCUUUUCUUCCCCCUCUUUUUUUCCCCAGUGAUCCUGUCUUUCCACAGCCUUUUUUCCCAAGUAAUUGCACCUUGUCUUGUCACCUCCAGUCCUGUAGAGACCACCAAUCCCAUAUCUCCAGACCUAAAGUUCAGAAUCCACCCAA